CCCCCUCCCCCCCCCUCCCGCCAUUGUGCCUGGGAGCGCGGGGCGCGCGCGCGGUGCCGCGUGACGCCCGGGGAGCGCGUGUGGGCGCGAGGCGGCGGGCCUGGGCCAUAGACGCGGGCCGGAAGGAGAGGCGAGGGGGUGGCUAGAGCGUCGCCCCAGCCAGGCAGCCGCCGCGGGCGAGUCGGAGUCCGCCAGGCAGCCGCGCCGCGCCCGCGCCCGGACAAAGCCGCCGCCGCCCGCCGCCCCGCCCCGCCCCACCCCGCCCCGCCAGCAGCCCCGCCGCGGAGCCAUGUCGGCCAGCAGCCUCCUGGAGCAGAGACCCAAGGGCCAAGGCAACAAAGUGCAAAACGGAUCUGUGCAUCAAAAGGAUGGGUUAAACGAUGAUGACUUUGAGCCCUACUUGAGUCCCCAGGCUCGGCCGAAUAAUGCAUACACUGCAAUGUCCGAUUCCUACUUACCAAACUACUACAGUCCCUCCAUUGGAUUCUCCUACUCCUUAGGCGAAGCUGCCUGGUCUACGGGGGGUGACCCACCCAUGCCCUACCUAACCUCUUACGGACAGCUGAGCAACGGGGAGCCUCACUUUCUCCCAGACGCGAUGUUUGGGCAGCCGGGGGCCCUUGGCAGCACUCCAUUUCUUGGGCAGCACGGCUUUAACUUCUUUCCAAGUGGGAUUGACUUUUCGGCUUGGGGGAAUAACAGUUCUCAGGGACAAUCCACUCAAAGCUCUGGCUAUAGUAGCAAUUACGCCUAUGCCCCUAGCUCGCUGGGUGGAGCCAUGAUCGACGGGCAGUCUGCCUUUGCUAACGAGACGCUGAACAAAGCUCCUGGCAUGAACACCAUCGACCAAGGGAUGGCAGCUCUGAAGCUGGGCAGCACAGAUGUUGCGAGCAGCGUCCCAAAAGUCGUCGGUUCCGCUGUCGGUAGCGGAUCCAUUACCAGUAAUAUCGUGGCAUCUAACAGUUUGCCUCCAGCUACUAUCGCUCCUCCCAAGCCGACCUCCUGGGCUGACAUUGCUAGCAAACCGGCUAAGCAGCAGCCCAAGCUGAAGACCAAGAAUGGCAUUGCAGGGUCGAGUCUUCCACCGCCUCCAAUAAAACAUAACAUGGAUAUUGGAACUUGGGAUAACAAAGGGCCGGUGGCAAAAGCCCCGUCACAAGCCUUAGUUCAGAAUAUUGGUCAGCAGCCAGCCCAGGGGUCCCCCCAGCCUGUGGGUCAGCAGAUCAAUAACAGCCCACCGGUGGCACAGCCUUCAAGCGGGCAGCAGCCCCAGCCGCUGCCGCCGCCGCAGCCAGCCCAGCUGCCUGUGCCGCAGCAGACGGCCCAGCCCACUCGCUGGGUUGCCCCCCGUAAUCGCGGCAACGGGUUUGGUCAAAACGGAGUGGACGGUAAUGGAGUGGGACAGUCUCAGGCCAGUUCUGGUUCUGUUCCUUCCGAGCCACACCCAGUCUUGGAGAAGUUGAGAUCCAUCAACAACUACAACCCCAAGGAUUUUGACUGGAACCCAAAACAUGGCCGGGUUUUCAUCAUUAAGAGUUACUCUGAGGACGAUAUCCACCGUUCCAUUAAAUAUAACAUCUGGUGCAGUACAGAGCACGGCAACAAGAGACUGGAUGCCGCCUAUCGCUCCAUGAAUGGGAAGGGCCCUGUUUACUUACUGUUCAGUGUCAACGGUAGCGGUCACUUCUGCGGAGUAGCAGAAAUGAAAUCUGCUGUGGACUAUAACACGUGUGCGGGUGUGUGGUCCCAGGACAAGUGGAAGGGACGUUUUGAUGUCAGGUGGAUUUUUGUGAAGGACGUUCCCAACAGCCAGCUGCGGCACAUCCGCCUAGAGAACAACGAGAAUAAACCAGUGACCAACUCCAGGGACACUCAGGAGGUGCCUCUGGAAAAGGCUAAGCAGGUGUUGAAAAUCAUUGCCACCUACAAGCACACCACCUCCAUCUUUGAUGACUUCUCACACUAUGAGAAACGCCAAGAGGAGGAAGAAAAUGUUAAAAAGCUUUGUUUAAAGGCAGGAGAAAACUGGAGGGGAAGGCUUUUAGAUCUGGUUGGUGCUCUAAUCUGUGUUUUCCUCUGUAAGGCAGGGGACUUUGUUUCCUCAUCCCUAAAACAGGAGCAGCUGGGAGCCAUUUCACUGCAACUGAAGUGGAAGUUGAGUGGUGGAAGGGCAAGCCUGUUGCACUUGCCUCAGAGCCCUGCCUCUCGCUGUUAACACCUUGUUAGCAGUCUUUAAAAUAAUAUUUUAAUAUGACAUUUUGUUAAUAUUAUAAAACAGUAAAAUACAAUGUUUAAAGUUGACUUGCUGAAGUUGGUUUGAGGACGUGUUGAGAUGCACUGUUUAAAAUCAUUUUUUUGAGGACUGGUGAUGGGAUUUGAAGCUGUUCUUCUCUAGUCACUGAGCCAGACACGGUGAGGAGGUUUUGCACCUCGUACAGGUAUGGCCUUAGGCAGAGGGAGCUUAUUUCAUGGCCUGUUCUAGGGAGCUGGUUCCCAACUCACUUGUUGGCAUUUAGUGUGAGCAAAGCUCUGUGCUCCCUUCCAUCCAGGUUAUCUUCACAUUGGCUGGGUGAUUUCUGCUCUAAGUUGCAGAAUACUCCAAACUGAUCGUUCUUAUAAAUAUGUUAAUUGCAUUCAUUAUGAACAUACUAAUGACUUCAAAUGAAUGUCUUAAAUUUAAAAAAAAAAAACAAAACACAACUGUACUUCCUUCAGCAGCCAAGUUGAAAUUGCAUGUGUGUGGCAGAUUCCCUAGAAACGAGGUGGAGGGUUUGGUGCGUGAGAAUGGAGUGUGUAAGAUGUCAGCAGCAAUGGCUGCUUCCCCCCAUCCCCCCCCACCAAGCGUUCCGGCUAAAUCGCCAGCGCUGAGGUUAAUAGCUAUGACCCAGGCGUUGUGGUUUGAGUUAUUUUAUUAACAGCUACUUCUCCAGGAAAAAGUAGUUUUCCUUAGAAGAUAAGUAUUUGCCAGCAGUUUUGUUCAGUGAAAGCACCAGGACUGGUCCUGCGCAGUUCCCUGGGUUUUCUGUCUGGUGCAGAAGUUCAGUGGGUCACAGGACGUUGCCGAAAGCUGAUUAGGAUCCCAAGAAGACUGUUGAAGUGCAUUGGUAUGUGAGCUUGUAUAUACGCAAUACAUCAAGAAUAGCUUCAUGCACAGUGUUCCUCACUUGUUCUUAAUGAAAAUGUAAUUCUGCAAGGGUUUGUUGUCUGAAAGAAGUGGCUUUCUUUUCUGUCUCCUUUGAAGUGUUGUGUGACAGGUAUUUGUUGGGAAGCUUCUUGUUCUAUUCUGUGCAAUUCUUUUUGCCACAAUUACUAGAGUCCUCUCGUUUUCUUGGAUGCUCUUGUUUGUACCUGGUAGUGAUUGUACUAUCUUAUGCUUUUGCGUUAAUAAACCAGUUCCUUAAUGGUGCAAACUGCUGGAUGCUUGCCAAGCUAGAACAGUGCCACCCUGCUUUUACUGCAGCAAAGUUACCCAGGGAAGUCUCCGUUAACAAGGAUUGUCAUUAUCCAGGCUGAUUACUGGGAUAGAGAGUUGAUUGGAGCUCCUUCCAGUGACUAGCGCCCAGUGUGAGGCUUUUUAAUUGGUGUAUCAGUCAUGUCAUAUUGCGUUUGGGCAGUUAAUAAUAAAGUGCUUCGAUUUUUGUAAACUGUUCUUCAGCAAGGACUCGGAAAUGAAGACUGUGUUUCUGGUUCCAUAUCAUUAGAACUUUUUUAUUAAAAGGAUGAUGCUGAGCUUUUUUUUUGUGGUUAACUGCAGAGCUAUUUCUUGUAAUGUAAUACCAGUUUAGAAGACUUAGAUAAAAUCUACCUAAAAACCCUUGUAUUUUGUUUCUAAUCUUUAGGGGAAAAGAAACCACACUACUUUAGUUUCCUUCCCUGUGUGUAUCUGUACACACAGGGAAGGCUCUGCUUUCUCAGCCCUGUUGUUUGUAGUGUGAUGCCAUCUCCUCUAAAAUGACUUCAGAGAAUUUCUCAUCAUCACUUGCAAACUCUUAAGAAAUCGUAAAGUCCUGCUCAUCAACCUUCUGGCUGGUGCAAGCCAGCCUGAUUUGGGGUUCAGCUGAUUAGAGUGCCAUGUUCUUGAUAUAUUAAAGGAAGAAACAAAAAAAAAAAGUUGAAAUAUGAAGCUGUGUUCCAGUGAAUACUGCUUUGUGUUCCCUUUCAAGUGGCAAUAAAAUGAGGGUAUACACAAAUGGCUAUAGGGAGUUCAUGAAUUCAGCUCUUCAUGGUUGACAGAAGUAGGCAAAUGGAUCUCCUCUUAUCCUUUUAUAAUAAGGAAUACUGUGAUGUGUUUUUCUUGUAGCAUGAAGUAUUUCUUCUGCGUUAUUUGGGAUGGAGGUAGUAUUUUAGCCUCAAACACAAGAACAACUGCAGCGGGUCAGACCUUAAGUCUGUGUAGUGUCAUGUUGCGUCUCUUGUGGCUGCAAGGUCUGCAGGACUCAAUAGAGACCCUGCUUAAGCAUCUUUGCUCUUUUUCCAGGUAGAAAGCUCCAUGUGCGGCUAACAAUAACAUGGUCAAGCACAAAUGUCUGAAAGGGCAGUACAAGCACAUAUUUAUCCAUCUCUGAAGGUUUUCCUUACACUUCACAAUUUGUGGCUCAAGAAUAUCUUUGACCCAGAGGAUGUAUCUUUAGUAGCUUAUGAUUUCCCUUGUUGUCCACAGGAAUUUGAUGCAUUUCUUGAGCAUGCUCAGGAUCCUGUGGCAGCAGGAUCUUCAGCUUAAUUACAUCAUGUAGGGAAACACAUCUUUUUGGUUUGCUUUGUCUGCCUCGUGAUACUCCCUAGUUUUUGCACUGGAAGGGGUGGUGAGCAGUUGAUUUCAGUGUCCUCUCUGUGUCUGCUCUGCUUUUACAGUUGUCUCUCUUCCAGGCUUGAGAGCUAGAGCACCGUGGCUGUGCAGAUGGAAGCCCUUCUGCCCUUUGCUCAUCCCUGUUGUUCUCUUCUAACCCUUGUCGGGUGUUCUGCGUGCCCGUAGGGAUGGAGAGGAGCGGAGCUGCAUGCUGCUGGGGGUAGAGGUGCUGCUUGGGUUUGUAUAAAGGCAUAGUGACGUGUUUGGCUCCAAGUGAUGUUUAGUUUUCUUGAUGGUGGAUGUUUUCCAUGUUUCACAUGGAUGCGGGGGAAAAAAGCAGGGAUUUGGUAUGUGACUUUGAGGGUGGUUGGAGGGAUGUUUUCCUGGAGUUAAAGACCGUAACCCUGGCCUCGUGUUCCCGAUGGUUAGUGGUCAUUUCAGAGCCUGUCAUCUUGGGGUCGGAUGGUGAUUUUUCCCACAUGUCAUUUGAUUUAUCUAAACCAGGUAGACCAAAUUCCCUGUAAUGUUCAGCUGCUUUUUGUCACAAAGUCCUCCACUUCUUCAGUUGGCCGCUGUUUUUAUAACUCUGCAUAGCUUAGUAUCAUCAGUAAACUUCGUCACUUUAUUAUUCACUCCUCUAUCUAGAUCUCCUGUGAAUAUAUGGAACCAUGAAUUCUAGUGAAGCUCCACAGGUUUUCUCCACACAAGAUCAUGCAGCUCUUGCGUGGCGUGACAGAGGGUGGUGCAGAGGCUUUAUUAACUCUACAGCAGUGACGAUUUUGAAACAUCAGAGUGGAAGUCCUUCCUUUUUCUAGAGUCACGUGGCAGUCAUUUUCUGGUGCUAAUACUUAUUGUGUGAGCUGUGAUUUAAGGUAACCAAAGUAAUGAAAUGCAUUUCAUGUGAGCCUAAAUGAGAAAGAAGAACGGUGGUCUGUUUUUUUUUAAAAAAAAAAAAGCACUUUACUGUAUCUGGUUUAGGUAAAGACUCUGAUGUGAAGCUCAGAGUGAGCCUCUGGUAAAUGCUGUCGGUAUUUCAGUGCUAUUUGAUUAAACUUUCACAUUAACUACUCCUGUUACUUUUGUCCAUGCUAUUAAUGUUCUUUCCCACUUUGUGAGGAUUUUGGUGCAGGCAGAUAGGUCAGUGCCCUGCCCUGUGGUGGGAGAUUGAGGUGCCCCAAUGGGCAAGCGUUGGCAGACUGCAAAAAGAAAGAUGGCAAGCUUCUCAUCCCUUGUAGUGACAGGGAAGAAUAAAGACUCCCUGGUUUAAGACAAGGAGAACUUUCUGCCUUUGUAAUGACUUGAAAAGGCUUGUGGUGAUGUUAUUUUGCUUCUGCUCCAAAGCCAGCAAGUUGUCCUCGCAUGGAGUGCCACUGGGAGUCCUCCCCAGCUGCUCUGUGUUGCUCUUUGCUCUAAAUAUUCAUCUAUGUUCUCAGCUUUUACGCCACUCUUGUUUCCUGCACAAGUUUUGCCCUGUGGGACAAGGCUCCCUAUGGGAGGGUAAUUAUAAAUGUUUAUGGAAAUUGGGCUGCUUUACUCCUGCAAUCAAAUGUGAUGUUUAAGCAAGAAGAGGUACGUUCUUUGCAAUUGGUUGCAUCAGUUUUAAAGGUGCCUUGCAAGGUGCUAGGGAACAGUGGCAUGCCUGGUGGUAUCUGACAGCUGGGACCACCUUGCUUGUAUAAAACCCACUGCAGGGGGAAAGUCCUGGCACUCUUCGGGCCCUCCUCAGCCCUAGCCCCAAGCUAGGUGCUCUGACAGGGUAAUUCAGUGUCUGACAUAAAGUACGUGGCUGCUGUGGCAUUUACGUUCCCUGGUGUUAAGGUAUAUUGUGGCUUACACCUGCACCUGAGGAAUUGCCUCUUGCUGUUCCAUAUUUAUUUUCCAUGAGUUCAUAUCCUGACUAAACAGUGAGGUGACGAGCAUGUAGCAGCCCCGUGGUGUACUUGGGUUUGGAGAGGGAGCCAGAACUUCCUACCUGCCCAGCCAUGCACACUCAGUGUGGUGGUAGGGGACACUCUGGUGCUUCCCACUGCCUUCUGCUUUUUUGGGGACAAAGCCUGAAUUGCAGGGGCUGACCAGGCACAGUUGCAUCCCUGCUUGGCUCACACUUUUGCAGUGAUGUGAGUUUACCCCUUUUGGGAUUCCACGGGUGUUUGAGUUUGCUCCGUUAGAUUUUGAUCUGUAAAACAAGAGUUACUUUUAUUGGCCUAUCUCCUGUCUUCGUUCUUGGUGGUGAGCUCUGUUAUGUGAGUGGGGAGUAGGUGAAGAUGUCUGACUAUAACCAGAUCAUUAUUUGAUUUUUAUCCCCUUUCCGAGAUGAAACAGACUAGGAUGUAGCUUUUAUCUGUAACUCUGAUGGCUUUCUGAUGCUGACAACAGGAAAACCUCAUAUUUGGUUUGUAAAUCAUUUAGGACUUGAGGCUGUUUGUGGAGCAGAAGAGCGUUAUAAAGUGAUGCAUGGUCCAUCGUUUGUGCAUGCCUUGAGCUGAUCCUGCUGGGAGGGCAGCGCUGGGCACAUUUGAGGCAGCCGGCUGCUGUAACUCCUGGGUUCUAAGGCACGUCAGAAGUUUGCCUCGGAGACAGAAACGCAUGGAAAUCCAGCAGUGUGCUUUGCUAGGAUCACAUCCAGUGUGCGACAGGUGGUGGUGUGAGCAGCAAAACGCCACGUUGUCGCAGCAAACGUCGUGGGCUGUCAAACGAGGUGUCUGGUGAGAGUUGUGUGUGCGUGUCUCAAGGCUGGUAUUUGAUUGCGGGGUAUCUCAGCCCUUUGGGGAAUGAUGCUGAUAGCAUAGACCACGCUCCAAGGAAGUGAUCUCCUGCAGUUCCUUUGUGGGCAGGUACUGGGCAAGUGAUACUUCUUGCUUGUAAGACUUUCUCAGUUUGAGGCUGAGACGGCUUCCUGGCCUGCCUGAUGUCUGCAGGCAGCUACACCGUGCUCCAGGUCAGCUGGGUCCAAAUAAACCACAGUUGGUACGCUGCCCAGCUGGGAGCCAUGCUCUCGGUUGUUCUCAAGGCCCUCCCUUUCGUUUUAGUCUUCUAUUUCCCUAUCUGUAGUGUGGCAAUAAUAUCCUUACCUUUGCCAGAGCAGUAUUGAGGUUGAAUGUUGGUUGUUAAUCAGGGUAAGAGCUCUGAAGAAAUGUGCAGUGUUACCGCCUAUUGCCAUCAUUUCACGGCAUAAACUCUUGAGCCUUUUGUUGUUGGCUCCCCACAGUGUGACUAGAUAACAUAAUCUUUCAUCAGCCUUCUCCACCAGCUUGUUCAGUCGCUAUUAUCAGGACCUGGCUUGUGAUAUUGCUGCAUCCCCCCUCCGGGGACAGCGGUGAUGUGACUGAAGUGGUUUAAAGCGGGAUGAUUGCAGAGGGCUCCUACUUGGAAAUGUUUGCCUCGUGUGAGCUUGGUGCCUCUGAACACCACCAGCCCAGAAGCACGCUGGCCGUGAUGUGUGGGUGUCAGCGCUCGAUUGAGCCCUGGCCUGCAUCUUCCCAGCCACUGGUGUAUCACUCUGCACUUCAGUCAUUUCAGUGCUGUGGUGCUCCUGCCCCUCUGGUUGCUGAGGGGUUUGGUAGGUGGGAGAUGAGUCUGAGCUGGUGUCUUUUCCUGCUGCUCCCACGUGGCUCAAUAAGACAUGGCCCAGGUCUAAUGAAAGUGCAGCUGAAGAGAAUAAAACACGUUCUGGUGGAAUAUCUCUGCCCCGACAUGUAGUCCCCGGGAUGAGGGCGUGCAGAUACUGCUCUGCCUUCCCCUGGGCUGUCCCUUAGCUGGGUGGGCUGUCUGUUACACCAUCCCAUGGCCUGUGAUUUCAGAAGAGGAUGAGCCAGGAAGGACAAACGUUUGUAACACUGCAGACCUUUGCUAUGUGUUCUGGUACAUCUGUUUGCUGCUUUGCUAUGAUUUGGGUGCUCACUUGUUACUCCAUAACACCCCAAGGACCAAGAUGUGUUCAUGUGCUGCAGUUGGGCUGGUGGAUGGGACAGUGUAAAAAUCCUGGCUACCCCCUUUUCCAGGAGGAGACCGCAAGCGAGUGGAUGUGAAUCUCCCAGAGAAAAGCAAUGUUGAAAUUAGCAGAGAGCCGUUCCUUCCCUGGCAGCAGUGCCCUUGGCAGCACCUGCUUGACCAGGCAGAGCUCUUGGCUGGCUGGCUCGGCACCUCCCGGAGCGGAGGCUUGGGCUCCUCAUGGAGAGCAGGGCAGGACAGCUCGAGGUAGGUAUGAAGUCAGCCCCUUGAGAGCCCGUGGCAGGUGUGGUUAGAUGUCAGGCUGCUGUUUUCUGUGGCGUGCUCCUUAGGGUACUGUUGGCAGUGCUGCUGGAGGGUAGCAGUACUUCUGCACCAGUAUUUCCAGGUUGAAUAGCAGGAGGUUUUAAACAGUAGGCUGGGUUGAGAAAAACCAGGCUAUAAUCUAUCCUGAAGAUGUUCGCUUUGGUCCCCUCUCUAGCUUGGGGACAUGGAGAUAUCUGCUCUAGCCUCUUCUGAAGGUGUGGCACCUUCUGUUCUGGCACAUUGGGAUUUUGGGGUGGGGGUGGGGGUGUCACUUUUGCACCAAGGCUCGGUCCUGUUUCCUGCUCCUUGUUAACCAUACACUGAUGUCGGGAGCAGCUUCGCCUUCACAGCAGGGAGGAGUGACUAAUCGUUGGCCCAUCUGGUCAGCUAAUGGGGUGACACUCUCAGCAGGACCCUCAGCCUCUGUCUGCAGCCAGCCCAGGACACUGGGCCUGGCCGCUGAUGGAGAGGGGAGCGAUUGAACCUGGCAGCCGGCUUAUCCCGUGUCUGCAUUGGGGAAGACGGAGGCAUCAGCUCAGGCACUUGUGGCUUCUUCCUGAAGGAAUGCGUCACGUUGCCAUCUGUCCUUGUUGAACGUAACGUGCUGGCUGCUGAGCCAGGCAGCAGAGAAGGAAUAGGGCUUGGCACCUUCCUUCUGAUUUGUGCCUUUCCCUGCAGCGCUUGUUUUACUUGGUGUUCAAGACUGGCUUUGCUUUCUACCAUGGUAGUUUUAUUUCACUGUUGUGCAGUGGUGGCUUUUUAGCAACGGGCUCGGGCCGACUUAGUGGAGAAGAGGAGAAUUUCGUUGACUUACGUGAGGCAAAUAUUCUUGAGGAGAACGUGUGCCUUGAUCUAAUCCCUCUGCCCAGAAGGCGGUCUGUGCGGUGUCGUGUGGGGCUUGCUUUGCCAUCCGGCUCGUGCAGAGGAGUUGGAGCUGGAGUCUCCGUGGGCCAUGGUCUGCACGUGGCUGAGGGGCUGCCACAGCCUGGGGUGUUGUUUUGGGCUGGAUGCAAGGCAGCCUUUUUUGGGAAGGUUCCUAAGAAUGGGUGGCUAUAAGUGCUGUUAGCCUGGGAUCGAAGCUUCUCGGAGACGUCCUGGAUUUAGCGGUGGUGGCAGAAGACUUAUUUCUUGGAGCAACCCGCAUGCUUCUGGCAGAGGCUGCCUGCUCCCCCCACCGGGAAGGUGCCCCUGAUCACCAGGUUAAGGAGGGGCAGAGGGAAGCAGGCAGGCAGCGCUGCAGCUGCCCUAAAUUUGGGGGACACAACCCUGGGCAGAGCAGCAGACUCACAGGGAAGCAUCCAGAGCUGAAAGAGCCGGGUGUCAGUUUCGGAGCCCUAACAGUGUCCCUUCUCUCUGAGUGACGUAUGUUAACACAAGGGAAAAGCCACCUUGUCCUGCUCUGCCAGCAGGCAUCUGCUGCAGGUGUUGCCCUGCUCUGGAGGCAGGAUGGACCUCCUGAGACUGGCUUAGGUGGGGAUUAACUCAUUCCACCUCUGAGCAUGGGAGCUGGAGCCAAAAUGCCUUGGGUGCUCUUCGUGAAGAGACUUCAGACACCUGUGCUCGGAGAAGAUGCAGUUAAGAGACAAGGAGGAGCAUCAGCCCAGAGCCCUUUAGCUGUUGACAGGUUUUAUUUUUGAGCUGGUAUAUGAUCUGGAAAUGGUGUUUUGAAUGUGGGCUGGACAGCAUCUCUUAACCCUUUGGGGUAGCGUCGACCCUCCUCCUUGCAAAGUUUCUCUGUUAAACCCAAUCAAAGCCCAGAAGAGGCUGGCCUGUGGUACGUGGCACAGGAGAGGGUAAGUCCUUGAUGCCUGGGUAUAUUUUGCGCUGUGCUGCCUGUUCAGCUUGGUGUAAAUGUUUGCCUGGAUGGUGCGUUCCGUCGGUGCUGGAAGAGAGAUGUGGCUGAAUGCCAAGGGGGUGGUAGCAGCAGUCAGCGGGAGAUCCCUGUGAACCUGUUGGUUUUCAAGUGAGACGCCAUUGGUAGGUUUCAGAGUUACUGGUGAGGUGUUCUGCUGGGAGCUGUGGGCUACGUCAGUCCCUGCAGACAGGCAGAUGUCCCUGGGUUUGAGCUCCAGUCUGCUUUGAUGCGCACAUGGGAGUUCAGGUGAGGCCACGAGGUCUGUGCAACACCCGCAGCGCCUGGGGGAGCUGGGCUGCCCUGCUCCGGCAGCAGCUGGGUGCAGGCAGAGCUGUGCCACACGCCCUGGCAUUCAUUCCUUGCUUCCUCUUUCUUCUCCCUAAAGCAGCGCUGCCUGAUCCCGCAGCGCUGCCAAGCCCUGCUCCCAAAGCUGCCCAAGCCUUCCCCAGCCCAGAGCUCUGCUUUGCGACGGCCGAGGUACCUUGUGGGUGCAGAGGGUCUGUGCCAUGGGGUGGGGAGCUUUGCCUCCCCCACUCCCAGCACCCACUGACUGCAGCUGCAAACUCCAGUACUGACAGACUCACUUUUUUUUUUUUUUUUUUCCCACCAAUUCUUCCUUGGUUGGUGUGGGUUGGUUUCUUUUGUUCUCCCGUUCCUCUUUAUGCUGUUAAACCUCCUGCCUGGAGCAGCCUGGUGAUGUCUGUCCUGGGGAGAGUCCAGAACUGUGCUGAAGGAUGCUGCCGUGAGGAAGAAGAGCAGAGCUGUGGUACGCACAGCCCUUAGAAAGCAGAAGCACAAUGAGCUGGUAGACCUUGGCAGUGUAAAUACAUCACAUUAGCCCAUGCGGUUGGAAUAGCUCCUUUGCAAAGGAAAAUACUCUUCUCAGACUCUGCUCACGUGGGACAGGCCCCCGUCGCAGAUCCGCCUGUUGAAAUGCUGAUGUGUGACAGCGAUGAAUAAGAUUGCUCUCUGCUAAC